CCCCUUGGAACACCAUUCAGCCCGACCAGGGCACUAAGCUCGUUGAGGUCAAUCACAAGUUCGAGAAGCACUGGACCCGGGACAAGCUCUAAUUUGUGGGAUGAUAAUCACACAAAUCCUGUGUAGUUUUUGUUUGCUUGUUGAAUGAACACAGACCUUUUAACACCUUGUGAUUCGAUGCGGUUCCUGUCCUCCGGUUAGGCCCGCUUAUCGUGAUUAUUUGAGCUUAUUACGGCUUUCUUUCGCUCCAUCGUCAACAACAUCUCGCAAAUGUCGAUAGAGCCAAUACCUGACAACGCUGAGGAUGCUCCCGUCAUUGGAUCUUCUAUUACAUCGAUCAAGGGUCCUCUCGCGUUGCCGGCUUUGAUUUUCGGCGCUGGGUCGUUCUCGAACCAGUACAAUACAGAUGAUCAUCUCGAGAGCUAUGUUCCCCUGAGGGCCGUCCGGCUUGCUCUUCGCUAUGGCAUACGCGCCUUUGAUACUUCCAUCUAUUACGGCCCUUCAGAGAUAGUACUUGGAAAGGCCUUGCAAGCUAUCAAGCACGAGUUUCCUCGCUCGUCGUACAAAUUGAUGACAAAAUGUGGUCGGAUCAGCGUCAAUGAUUUUGAUUAUUCACCAAACCACAUACGAAACAGCGUACAGCGCAGUCUUGAGCGCCUUCAAACGAAUUAUCUUGAUACUGUUUACCUUCAUGACACUGAAUUUGUCUGCACACCCGUUAUGCCGACAGAAACCGGGUAUCAUGCAGCAGCGUUGGGGGAAGCACGGGAAGCGUACGGUCUUGCAGAGGGACAGGAAAGCGUUGUCCGGGGUGAAGGCGAUCAAAAGAUUUUGGAUGCAUUCGCUGAACUGUCGAAGAUGAAAGCAGAGGGCUUAGUCAAGCAUAUAGGAAUAACGGGCUAUCCACUUCCCGUUCUCCUACGUCUGGCACUGUUGAUUCUCUACACCCCACCCUACAAGCCUGUCGACGUGAUCCUUUCAUACUCCCAUCUCACACUCCAGGAUUCGACAUUUCUCGAGUUCAUACCGCAUCUCCGAGAGCGUGCCAAAGUGGGACAAUUGGUAGUCGCGUCGCCAUUCAGCAUGGGUCUUCUCGCCUCUCGUCUUCCUCCAUCCUGGCAUCCGUCGCCAGAGACGAUGCGAAAGGUAACAGCUGAUGUGCGGCAAGACGUCGGUGAUUUAUCAGAUCUUGCGUUGCGCUAUUCAAUGCGCAAGUGUGGUAUGGACUUCCCUCUUGUGGUUGGCUUUAGUAAUCUACAAGAAGUGCACGCAAGUGCCAGAGUAUGGCGCCAGGCAAGAGAGGAAACAGACGAUAGUGAUCGUUUAGAACGGGAGGAACGUGCUCGGAAAAUAUUUCAGCAGGCCGGAUACUUAGAUUGGUCUUGGGCUUCUCCUUAAUGUUGGUUGCUAACAGAUAGCAAUCUAUUAAGAUCUAAAAAUAUGGUACAUGCUACGUGAUUAGAACAUUUCAACGUCCUGGUUGCCCUCUUGACGGGGCGCACCUCGAACGACGGAUGUAA